CACGUUUGACGGUCUGCCUAACUUGAAAUCAUUUGGAUUGGUUAAAAAUAAAAUCACCGUCUUCGAAGAGGAGACUUUUGGUCGUGUCGUUCGGCAAGCUUCUCAAAUUCAGUUUGAACAGAACCCGUUCUACUGUGAUUGUAAGCUUCUCUGGUUUGUGGAGUGGGCGAGGAAUAACCCCGAUAUAGUAUAUUCCAAUAAUCGCGAUUUGUACAAGUGUACUGGACCCCCAGAAUACGCGGAUACGAUAUUAGCAAACUUUUACAUCAACUGUACGUCGCCUUCAGAUAACGAAUUUCAGCCUAACCUGCCACUAGCCUGUGCACUAUCCUCUUCAGCCAUUCUGUUCUACAUGUUUGCUGUGUUCUUUAUUAGCUAUUACCAUUGGAAGAUUAAGUACCUAAUGUUCUUGCUAAGACGUAGAAAUGAGGACGAUGAAGAACCAAUGAGAGGCCGGAGGUUUGUGUACGAUGCCUUCGUAGCACAUAACAGCGAGGACAUUAGGUGGGUGGUGCACGAACUCUGCCACAACUUAGAAGAUGUCCAAGACCAACCCAGAUACAAACUCUGUAUCCACCAGAGAAACUUCCUACCCGGUGCCCCCAUUGUAAACAACAUCGUCAAAGCAAUCGAAACCAGCCGGAAAACCAUCUGCGUGUUGACCAGGAGCUUCCUGCGGAGCGGCUGGUGUGAGUUCGAGCUGCAGCUGGCUCAGACUCCGGACAACUUGUUUGGCAAGGGCGGCAGUUGUCGGCUGAUCCUCGUCUUCUUGGAGAAGAUUCCGCGACCGCUGCUGAAGAAGUACAAACACUUGGAGGCCGUGAUGGACCGGGACACGUACCUGGAGUGGCCGGGGGACGCACGGGGCAGGCCGCUGUUCUGGAGACGUCUGCGAGCCGCCUUGGGGAAACCCGUGAACAAUGAACAGGUCGGAGACCUUGGCAUGAUAGACGACGAAAACCACGAACUCGUACCGUUGUUAAGGAUAUGAUAUGAUGUCGGAAAGAAAACGUUGUAUGAACUGUGUUCGGGAAUUUUUCUUCCCCAGUAUAUUUGCAAUUCACCGGUACAUUUCACCAUUAUUUACAAAUGGCAGGUCGUAUACGUAAGGUUUCCAUAGACUGUAUAGAAUUCAGUAUUUUCUCAUUGCACUGCUCUUUACAGUUGGAGCUAUACCUCAUAAUGCAUGUAAUUUGGGGGGAACUGAAUAAAUCAUUGCUGUAUGGAAUCUCGAUAAUUUUUUCAAAUUUCAUUUUUUUUCAAACCUAAGUUUGCUGGCGUUCACUGACUUUCGCUAGAUUUACAUUUUUAAAAAAAGGGAAAUUGCAUUACCCUCCACCGAUGGUCCACAUGACAAAAAAGCUAAAAGAGGAAUAGAAGUGUUAGACCGAAUGUACUUGUAGAAGUGAAACUAGUGAGGUAGGCAUGGCUGUAGUUGUAGGGAUCAAACGUGCUGGGCAGUUGUAAAAGUGACGUCACCAGUGUAAUAAUUACUUAGCGUGGAGCUGAGUCUAGAUCUUUCCUGAAUUCCAUAGCGCCUUCUCUUGUUGAACACAUGGCCAGACAACAAAAUAUAAACCUUCAAAAUCCAUUCAUAACUUCUGUGGUCAUUCACAAGAAAACAGUCUCGAACUUCUGACGUGUACAUGUACGUGUGUAGAAACUAGUCAACAGAAGAAUGCUUCUGCUUUGUGAACUGCCGAAAGCGGAACAGCGCCGAUACAAUCAAAGAGUGUUCCUGUUCAGGCCAUUGAUGCCAGUUGAAGCAAGACAACACCUUUUCUGUAUAGUCAGAUGACUCAUACUUCCCCAUUCUUAG